AUGCUGUGCUUUGACACCGUAUCUUAUAAAAGACCCUGCUGCUCUUGGUUUAUGGCACAACCCUACUACCGCAACAUCAACACCACGACACUGACGGCCUUUACGAUCGACGAUAAAGUUCAUACAGACCAUUUAACACGAUCCGUGAUGCUGUCGCAGCGGCCAAUAAUGCUCGCUAGAGCCAUGUUCACAACCACACUUCUCUUCUCCAGCGUAAUCACGCUCGUCUCCGCCUGCCCACAGCCAGAUGCCAGUACGAGCAAGAAGCGUUGGUAUGGAGUCGGAAACCCUACCCUCCCAGAGCCCUACACCAUCAACUCCUGGCCAGUAGUCCCUGUGCCUGGUCACGCUGGCGAGUUCGAGCAACCAGUUCGCUACUGCUGGGUUGCGCAAUCCGACUACGAUUCCCUCCAUGCCCUCCUCGCCGGAGCCAUUUCGAAAUGGGACGUGGCAAUGCAGCAAUCCCGCCUCAAGAUCCGACCAGACAAAGGAGUCGAACUCGACGAAGAAGGCCGGCCACUGCAAAAGCCGGAAAUACACCUCUGCGGUUCUGCCGGUGUCAGUGCGGACGCUCUGUACAUUUCGGAUGUCACAGAUGCCCAGGAGGCCUCGCAGACUUCACCUGGGUACUAUGCUGACGAGGACGAUGAAGCAGGUCGGCAUUUGCUCAAGUUCAGUCAGAGUAUCACGAAGCCGGGAGAGUAUACCGCUGCGGAUGGCAUCGUUCUGGCUCAUGAGCUUGGACAUGCGAUUGGGUUGGACCAUGAGCAUGCUCGUCCGGAUGCUGCGCAGUGGAUUGACUUUCACUGUGAGAACUUAGCAGAUUAUGAACACGUGAAGACCAAGAUCGCGAAGGCAAAGUCUGGCGAUACCAUCGAGGAAGCCUGCAAGUCCAGAGCGCUGGCUAUCAAAUACGGCUUCUCUGCCUUUGCGUACUUGCCAGAUCCCAGGUUCGGGGUGAUCGGUCAGUGGCAAUGGUCCAAGACAUUCGACUACGACUCCAUCAUGCUCUACAACUCAAGAUCCAACAGCAAAGAUCCCAACAAGCUCGAUGUCAUCACACGCAAGGGUAAGAGCGGCAAGGCAGGUCAGCUCGAGAUGGGGUACAUGGGCGAGAUUGGUAUGGGUGACACGGCUCGUGUGGCUCAGCUGUACGCGGAUUCGGAGGAGGAAGAUUGGGAUCCUUAUGAGGAGGAGGAGUGGAAGCCGACGUCUUCUGCGUUGGCGAGGCGGCAUUUGCCGACUACUAUUGCUUAG